UUUCCCACAUUUGUUUGGCGCUAAAUUUGAAUGCAGUCUCAAAGGAAACGAAAUAUACUCGAAACUGCUGCAUCUGAAGAAGAAGAUUCGUCUUUGUAUCAACAACAAGUAAAAGAAAGGCGAAGAAAGCAAGGCAAGUUUCAUAAGCUCGACAGAGAUAGUGGAUUUGAGCCCUUGUUAUCUCUAACAGGGUCCAAAGUUGGAUGGCUGUUUAACGCAGUAGCUACCACUGUUGAGGACCCAACAAAUAAGAGGGUUACACAGGCUGUAGACCUCUUCUUUAUCGGUGCUGAUGGGAAUCAUUUUCGUGCCACCAUGAUAUGUAGACCAUAUUUUUACCUCAAAGUGAAAGAAGGCUCUGAGGAAGAAGUAGAGUUCGCCUUGAAAAAGUAUUUUCGUGAUAAACUCUAUGCUAUAAAGCAAGUAGCUCUUCACGAUCAGUCAGUUCCAAAUCACGUUGCAAGCAUGACAAAGAGAUCUUUAUUGGCUAUCGAAUUUCGAACUAUGUCAGAGCUCAAUGAAGUAUCAAGCUUCGUUCUUCGUAGAUUGGAAGAGUUCAGCACAAGUAGGAAUUUGUUAUUGGAAGAAACGAAAGAGAAUGAAGAAAAAUUAACGAGAAGCGACGGAUUUCAUUCUAUUCUCGAAAUAUUUGAAUAUGAUAUAUCUCCCAUUUCAAGAACUAUGAUUAGUCAAAAUAUACAUGUUGGUCUUUGGUACAAUGUCCGAGUCGACUCCAAAUCCAAUGCAGUUUUGCAUCCUCUAUCAGAAAUAGUAGAAAGGCCACAGCCCGUUGUUUUGGCAUUUGAUAUUGAGACAACAAAAGCUCCUCUCAAAUUUCCUGAUGCAAAAACUGGUGAUCAAGUUAUGAUGAUAUCUUGGAUGAUAGAUGGAAAAGGAUAUCUAGGUGUGAAUAGAGAAAUUGUUGCUGCAAAUAUUGACGAUUUCACUUAUAGUCCUAAAGAUGAGUUUCCAGGAGACUUUACAGUUUUCAAUGAAAAUGAUGAAAGGUCGUUAUUACUACGAUUCCUAGAUGAGAUACAGUUACAUACUCCACAAAUUUUUGUGACAUAUAACGGAGAUAUGUUUGACUGGCCAUUUGUUUUUGAAAGAGCCAGAUAUUAUGAUAUCGACAUAGAAAAGGAAAUAGGAAUAUCAUGCAAUCAAAGGGAAACUCGCGGUCGCGCAACGAUUCAUUUGGACUGUAUGCACUGGGUGAAUCGAGAUUCAUAUCUACCACAGGGUUCCCGUGGUCUUAAAGCAGUUACUCGAUCACUACUUGGUUACGAUCCUCUUGAACUUGAUCCAGAAGAAAUGAUGCCUGCAGCAAGAAGUAAUCCUCAACUGUUAGCAUCCUAUUCAGUUUCUGACGCAGUUUGUACGUAUUACUUGUACAUGAGAUACGUCCACCCGUUUAUAUUUUCUCUUUGUAACAUUGUUCCACUUCCACCAGAAGACGUCCUGCGCAGAGGUUCUGGAACCUUGUGCGAGAAUUUACUAAUGAAAGAAGCUUACCAACAGGAUAUUUUAUGUCCUAAUAAACAUCAAACUACAUUGGAAAAGUAUUAUGAUGGUCAUCUUUUAGAAAAUGAAACCUACAUCGGAGGGCACGUGGAGGCACUACAAGCAGGCGUAUUUCGAAGCGACUUAUCAGUUCGGUUCUCGCUUUCCGAGGAAGUAUUGGGUGAUCUCACUCGCAGACUGGAUGAAAUAUUGCAGCACGCAAUGAAUAGAUUGAAAGUUGAUCCAUCCAAGGUGACCAAUUAUGUUCAACUAUCAUCGUCUCUAACCGAGUCUCUGAAGGCUUUAAAACAUACACAUGCUUUCAAUGACUUUCCGGUUAUCUAUCAUUUAGAUGUAGGUGCUAUGUAUCCAAACGUUAUUCUGACCAAUCGACUGCAACCUCAUGCAAUCGUUUCCAAGCAUCAGUGUGCAUCUUGUGCUUUCAACGAGUUGGAAGAUUCACAAUGUAAAAGAAAUUUAAAGUGGACUUGGAAAGGAGAAUAUUUUCCAGCAACUCACGGCGAAACUAACCAGAUAAGAAGAGACAUUUUAUCCAAUCCAAAUGGCAAUCAAGUAGAAAAUGUCAGAAGUUCUGAGGAAUUCCGCAGGCGACUAAAGCAAUAUUGUCAAAAGAUCUAUAAAAAGACUUUGGACAGCUAUACUGAAGAACGAGAAGCUACAGUCUGUCAGAGAGAACAUCCCUUUUACGUUAAUACCGUAAGAGCAUUUCGAGAUCGGCGCUAUGAAUACAAAAAAUUAUUGAAACAAUGGAAAAGAAAGCUGCAAGAUGCUCAAGGGAACAAGGAUUGGAAAAGUAUUGAAGAAGCGAAAAAAAUGUGUGUUCUAUACGAAAGUUUACAAUUAGCUCAUAAAUGUAUCCUCAACUCGUUCUAUGGUUAUGUAAUGAGAAAAGCUGCGAGAUGGUACUCCAUGGAAAUGGCUGGAGUUGUAACUCAAAUAGGCGCAAACAUCAUUCGCUAUGCUCGCAGUGUUGUAGAUGGUGUUGGAAUAGCUUUGGAGUUAGAUACUGAUGGUAUUUGGUGUGCACUUCCAAAGAGUUUCCCUGAAAAGAUAGUUUUUCAAACUCAUGACCAAGUGACAUAUGAGAGUAGUUUCAUAUGUGAAAUAUUGAACUACGGAAUAUUCCAGCAAUUUAGCAAUCCCCAGUAUCAAUCUUUGGUUAACACGGAAAGAAAAGAAUUUGAAAGGGAGACAGUGUGCAGUAUUGAAUUUGAAUUUGAUGGUCCCUAUCGAGCCAUGAUCUUACCAGCUUCAAAAGAGGAAGGCAAGAGCAUCAAGAAAAGAUAUGCUGUGUUUCAUAUGGAUGGAAGUAUGGCCGAAUUGAAAGGAUUUGAAAUGAAAAGACGAGGAGAGCUGAAGCUCAUUAAAAUUUUUCAGUCAGACUUGUUUCAACGUUUUCUCUUAGGGGAGACUUUAGAGGAAUGCUAUCAGAAAGUAGGAGAAGCCGCAAACAAUUGGCUCGAAGUGCUUGAAACGCAAGGAGCUUCUUGUAGCGAACAAGAGAUCAUUGAACUAUUGGCAGAACAAAAUACUAUGAGCAAGUCCUUGGGAGAAUAUCUAAAAUUGAAACAGAAGAGCCUUGCUAUCACUACUGCAAAGAGACUAGCUGAGUUUUUGGGUCCUCAAAUGGUUCGAGAUAAGGGCCUUGCUUGUAAAUAUGUGAUAGCUAGAAAGCCAGAAAAUGCACAGGUUACCGAACGUGCUAUUCCCAUUCAAAUCUUCUCCGCAGAACAGUCUAUCCGAGAAUCUUUUCUGAAAAAAUGGCUAAAGGAAACAGAUAGCGAAGCUAUACAACUUCGAGAAUUUUUGGAUUGGCAGUAUUACAAAGAAAGGUUAGCAUCAACUAUUCAAAAGAUUAUUACGAUUCCAGCAGCUUUUCAGUCCGUCGAAAAUCCUGUACCAAGGGUUGCUCAUCCAGAAUGGCUUUCAGCAAAACUAAGAGAUAUUUCAUGUCGAGCAAAACAGUCAAUGGUCGCCGACUUCUUCGCAAAGUCGAAUGAAAACUCUGGCUUUCAAAAAGAAUCCAUGCCAGAUUUAGAGGAUAUUUCUGUCGUAAGAAUGCUAUCACUUUCCCAGAGAACGAAACAGAUAGAGAAUGUAUCGGCUUCGGAAGAAAUGGCUCAGAAUGAUAAUUUGAGGGCAGAAGAUAAACCAAAUAUUCAGAAAAGCUUUUAUAGUUGGCUUGUGUACAUGCGGAACAUUUGGAGGCUGGAAAGAAGAAACAAGGUAGUGAAGCGAGUACAAAAAAGACAACAUGAAAACUUCGAAAGCAGGUACGACAAAGAUGUCCUACCUCCAUCUCGCCAACGACAGCGCAAAGAUAUUCGAAGAUUCAUAGCACCUGAUCCAACAGUCGCAUCUGAAGAGUUCCAACUACAGACCGAACUGCACAUUUUAUCUAUUCAAGCUACAGAAACACCUGGAGAAUUUCAAAUUUGGAUACUUCCUCGAUUUCCUCAAGAUACUCGAACAGACAAGCCUCUCGAAAAGCCGUUUUCUUGUUUUAUAUCUUCUAAAAGAACUUUGUAUGUGAACUGCAGACAACCAUCAAGUAGAGCUAUUGGACCACAAAUAUUCAAUGUGCGUCUUCCAAGAUAUCGAAAACCCUGUUAUUUGUAUCAAGUGGAAGUAGAAGAAAGCGCUUUUCUACGUCAGCAAAAUGAACUGAACGACUUGGUUCCUCUGUCAGAAGUGGAAGGAAUAUAUGAAACUCAAGUCCCACUUCUUACAAAUAUUUGUCAACGACUUGGAAACGUUUGCAAGGUUAAAGACUCUGCAACUUUUGGGCACAUGAUUCUGGGAGAUAAGGUAGACAUUCAACAGAUAGAGCCGAUAUCUAGCAAACAAGAAUACCUUGGCCACUUAUCCAACCCCGAAGAAAAGGCAUUUUUGUACGUAUGUUUGUCGAUUACCAAAGAAAGGGGUCUGAUUGCUUUGACCGUUCCCUAUUUGAACAAAAUUUGGCUCUGCUUCAUUUCGAUAGGACAGCAAUGCCCUCAUAUCGAACUGCAUCGACUCUUAGAAGAAAGUUGUUCUGCGGCAUUUCUACAAGAGGUUGAGACUAGUAGUUGGCAAGUUGAGUCGUCCGUAUUUAAAGGCUAUCAAGAAGCUCUCAAAACGUUGUCUAUGCAAGCAAGUGAAAGUUUGAAAUCCUCUUCAAGUCUUUUAUGCAUUUUAUUCGUUCAAUCAAGUCUUCCGCCUUGGGCAUUAUCCAAGUACUUUCGUUGUACUAAUGUCACUCCAGUGAGUUGUGUAGAUUAUAUGUGGGAAGACAGCCAGUUUCCAGUGAUCGGCUGGGAGGUGCUAGUAGUGAAGCAAUUCUUACGGAGAAACGAACAUAUCAUCUUACAAGCUAGACAUCUACUCUCGUUUGCUAGGAUUUCUCAGAUUCCUGUCGGAAACAUCUCCAUGAAAGAUCCUUAUUCACAGUGUCUUGAUAUGAAUUGGGCCCAGGAUUUGAGAAAGAACAACUUUAUUUUGUGGAUGUCCGAUAGAGCUGUUCCGGACUUGGGUGGUCAUGAGUCCGAAUACCAGCUCCAUGACCUACUUGAGCUUCGAGAACCAAGUGUUGAAGAAAAGGAGUAUCUGCUUCCUGGACUUUAUGAAAAUAUUUGUGUUGAAUUCGAGCUACAGAAUGUUGCUCUUUGUACUAUUCUUUCACAGGAUAUAUUAUCAGAAAUGGAAGGUUCCGAGAUUCCUUUUGUUACAGAUCUUUUUCAAAAUUUUGAUAAGGAGCUGGAUUCUUCUUCAAAUGAAGAAGCCGUUGGCUACGAAAAAAUUCUUCCUGCCUUCUCUGUGUUACGUCAAACGUUGUUGAGACUGUUUUCCAAUGUGAACAAGAGCUUUAUAACAGAAACACUUCAGAAUCACCUUCUUCGCUGGAUUCUUAAGGAAACAAGCUUAAUGUAUGAACCGUUGCUUGUUAGUUUUGUUCAACAUCAAAUGCACAAGGUACUUGUUAUUUUGGUCAAUUCUUUGAAGCAACUGGGUGCCAUCGUUCCACUAGCGACGUAUCAUAGAAUGAUUAUAGCAACCAAACGGAGUCAUGCAAUGGAUGCCAUGCGAUAUUGCGGUUUCUUAGCCAACACAAUUCGUGAAAACCAGCUCUUUCACUAUUUACGUUUUGCUCCCAUUCUUUUCGUUCAUCGAUGUCUCAUUUUAGUUGAUUCCUUCAACUAUGGUAGUAUCCCAGUGGUUGAUGAGAUACAUAUUUUGCGAGGUGAAGCGUUAAAAGGUUAUAUAGAGUCCGAAAGGCCAGCUUCUCGAAUGCAAUGGGAUUUGGCUGAUCAUUUUACUACGGACUUGACUUUGAGAUGGAAUAGAAUUUUGGAACAGUUAUUGGAAAAUUUGCACAGUGGCUCACUUGUUUGUGUGGAUUCCACCGAAGAAAAGAAGAACAACAACAAUAUUCCGCUUGCUUCUUUUGUUUCUAAUUUGAGACAAGAGUUGUACAAUUUAGUAAAUGACUCCGCGGAUUCUUAUCACAUGAAUGGAGUACCACCUCAUCCGGGUAGGCUGAUUGGCUCUUAUCAACCUAUUGUAUUGUAAGUAUUUUUAGUGUUCAUUGGCAAUUCUUGUUGAAAAAUCCCAGGUUCGUUUCUAGUCUAACUCAUGUUCUCUCAAUGUGC